AUGGAAGAACAGCCAGGCACAGAUGAACAAUGUCGACAGAACAAAGAGUCUGAACCGGAAAUUGUUGGAUUCCACCUAGAUAAUUCAUUUAACACUUUUGAUCUAGAACCUGCUGAGCUUGAUAAGGAUAACACAAGCAGUAUAAUGCCUGAUUCAAGUGCUAAUAGUGAGAAACAUGGUUGUACAGAAGUAUCAAUAGGUAAAGAAUUCUCCAGAGGUCUAGUUACUGUAUAUAGCCAUAACUAUAGCACAUCAGCUAUCAGGGCCGUAGCUAGACAAAUAAUUGUGGUGGUGUAUAUUCAUAUAUUCAUGCAUGCAUGUUUACAUACCAUAAAACAAUCAAAAGAAUUCCAUCUUGCAGAACACAAAUAUAUGAAUAUACUCCCCCCCCCCCAAUUAUCGUUUUAGCCACGGCCCUGUCAGCUAUAGUGUAUAAAGAUGUACAAUGAGUUUCUGGCUUAUCUGUAUGGUACGGCAGUAAGUAUUAUCUCAGAAUUAUAAAUAACCUUAAUUAGUAAACAUUAAUUGUAUGUUUAUGUUCAUUACAGAUUCUGCCUGUUCAGUAGGUAAUGAGCUAGAAACAACACUGAGACAUCCUACAACAGUAAACAAAGAUGAUUAUUCUGGUAUCAACUGCAAAGUCCAAGCUGAAAAUUCCGUGGGAUGUGUAACAAAAUUAGGGAAAGCAAUUGAGUUUGUGAUGGGCAAGACGAAUGAAGUUCUGCAGUUUGAUAAAGCCAGACAAAAGUAUAAACAGUUCCCCGCUGACAAACUUUACUAUGACGCGUUCAUGAGAAAAGUGGCUGUGAUGGAAACCCGUGUCUCAAAACAACAGCGAGAAACAAGAGUCAAGCUUAGUCAAUGGGAGAGAGAUUUCUUUAUAAACAACAACUGCAAAGUUGCCACUGAAAAGGAUAUAGCUGCAUGUUCACAUGCUCAACUUUUGAGAAACAAGCUUAAAUAUGCCAAAGCUAUUUUGAGUAAGUUGAGGAGUUAA